AUGGAUCGUCGAGUUAGUGAUGUGGUGGAUAAGAACAUAGAUCUAUAUGCGGUGCUUGGACUGGAUGUGGCAGAAGUGAGUAAUCGUGGUGGUACUCAGCAAAUAUCAACCGAAGAAAUACGGAGUAGGUACAAGCAGAUGACAUUGGUAUACCAUCCUGAUAAAAAUGUUGCUGGUGGAGAUGAUAAUAGUAGUAAAUUUCAUGAGAUUAAUCUCGCAAUGCAAUUGCUUACAGAUAAAUCCAUGAAAAGUGAAUAUGAUCAUUGGUAUCAUCGUAAGUUUUUCUUACAAAAACAAGAAAAUAACCCACAUACGUAUAAGAAUGAUGACUUGAUUGCUACUGUGCAAGAGUAUGGAGAGAUGUUACGUAAGAUGAAACACUUUAAAGUCCCAUUUGGAGAUUGGUCCCUUAAGGGGAAAGAUGUUGAGUCACAAUCUACCGGAAAUUCUGACAAUGGGAAUGAUAAAGAAUCACAUUUUUAUGAUUCCGCUACUUUACGAUUGGAAUUCGAUGGUGAUCCAAUUGCUUUGUCUACAAUAUUGGAAAAAUCACAAUUACGUCGAUUCCUCCUUGAGACAACGAAUUCUCAAAUUAUUGUUAACGAUAUACAUGAUAUUUAUUACUCAAGUCGAAAUGAUGUUAAACAAGGUACAGUUGUCUCAUAUAUUGAGAUCACUACUCCUGAAAGGGCAUCCUCGUUGUUACGUUCAUGGCAGAAUAAUCCCGCUGGAUUCAGUACAGAUAACAGAAUCAAACUAUCUUCAAUGGCUCCAAGGGUCCCCAUACAUUACUAUAGCGAUAUCGACAUCCCACCGACGGAGUUAAACCCACAGAUUAUGGCUGUAAUCAGAAGACAACUAGAGUCUAAUGCCACGCCAUAG